GUCAGACUCGUUCUAACUACAGGAAGCAGACGGAGGAGGAGAAGUCUGAGGCUGGUGACUUUAACUUUUACCUGAAUCACUUUCAGUAACUUCAGAGAGGGGGAGGAGCCUCCAGUGAAAGUGAAAGUGUUCAGACUCGUUCUAACUUCAAGGAGCAGACGGAGGAGACGUGAAGUCUGAGGCUGACUGAAGAUGAGUGGUUAUGAGGAGGAAGAGGACAGAGCAGAGUCUCCAGGGUCCAGCUGUCUGUCUCUGAAGAGUGACUGGUCCAGACAUGAGCCUCCAUUCUUCAGUAAUGAACCUGGACCCUCACACACAGAAGGUCAGGACCACAGACUGAGAGCAGAGUCUCCAGGGUCCAGCUGUCUGUCUCUGAAGAGUGACUGGUCCAGACAUGAGCCUCCAUUCUUCAGUAAUGAACCUGGACCCUCACACACAGAAGGUCAGGACCACAGACUGAGAGCAGAGUCUCCAGGGUCCAGCUGUCUGUCUCUGAAGAGUGACUGGUCCAGACAUGAGCCUCCAUUCUUCAGUAAUGAACCUGGACCCUCACACACAAAGAAGAGGAAGAGGAGUCAUGUUUCUGAGGAGGAGCAGUCGUCCUGCUGUGCUUCGUGUCAGGACGUCCUGAAGGAUCCGGUCUCCACCAGCUGUGGACACUGGUUCUGCAGACAGUGCAUCACCUCAUACUGGGACCAGUCUGGCUCUUCAGGAGACUCCUCCUGUCCCCAGUGUGGAAAAAGAUCCAGAACAGGAGCUGGAGCAGAUCGUGGUCUGCAGGAGGUUGUAGAUGAACAUAAGCUCAGUCUGUGGAGGAGAUGUGAACAUGUGACUGAAGGAAGUGAUGAAACAGGAAGUAGAACCCUCCUCAACAGGAUCUACACUGAGCUCUACAUCACAGAGGGACAGAGUGAAGAGGUUAAUACUCAACAUGAGGUGAGGCAGCUUGAGACGGCUUCCAAGAUGAAGAUCCUCCAGGACACUCCCAUCAAGGUCCACGACAUCUUUAAAGCCUCCACUGACCAGCAGAGCAGCAUCAGAGUCGUCCUGACCAACGGCGUCGCUGGCGUUGGAAAAACCUUCUCGGUGCAGAAGUUCACUCUGGACUGGGCAGAGGGUUUAGAGAACCAGGAUGUGGGUCUGCUGGCUGUGCUUUCGUUCAGGGAGCUGAACCUGGUGAAGGACCAGCAGCACAGUCUUCUCACGCUGCUCCAUGUUUUCCAUCCAGCGUUACAGAAGCUCACUGCAGAGACGCUCGCUGUCUGUAAACCUUUGUUCAUCUUUGACGGCCUGGAUGAAAGCAGACCUUCUCUGGACUUCACCCACAGGGAGCUUGUGUCUGAGGUCACACAGAGGUCAUCAGUCAACGUGCUGCUGACAAACCUCAUCCGGGGGAAUCUGCUUCCCUCGGCUCUCGUCUGGAUAACCUCCAGACCUGCGGCGGCCAAUCAGAUCCCUCCUGCAUGUGUUGACAGGGUCACAGAAGUACGAGGCUUCACUGACGCCCAGAAGGAGGAGUACUUCAGGAGGAGAUUCAGUGAUGAAGAGCUGUGUAGCAGAAUCAUCUCACACAUCAAGACGUCCAGGAGCCUCCACAUCAUGUGUCAAAUCCCUGUCUUCUGCUGGAUCAGUGCUACAGUUCUGGAGCACAUGUUGACCACAGACCAGAGAGGAGAGCUGCCCAAGACCCUGACUGACCUGUACUCACACUUCCUGCUGGUUCAGACAAAGAGAAAAAACAACAAGUACGGUGAGGGACAUGAGACGACUCCACAGCAGCUGACGAGGGCUGACAGGGACGUUCUCCUGAAGCUGGGGAGGCUGGCACUUAAACAUCUGGAGGAAGGAAACAUCAUGUUCUACCAAGAAGACCUGGAGCGGUGUGGUCUUAAUGUCACAGAGGCCUCGGUGUACUCAGGAGUUUGUACUGAGAUCUUCAGAAGAGAGUGUGUGAUCUUCAAGAAAUCAGUCUACUGCUUUAUUCAUCUGAGCGUUCAGGAGUUCCUGGCUGCUGUCUACAUGUUCCACUGUUACACCAAGAGGAACACAGAAGAACUCAACAACUUCUUGGGAACAUAUAAGAACACAGACAGUAUCUUCUCCCUGAAUGACCUCCUGAAGAGAAUAAUGAAGAAAUCCCUCACCAGUACAAAUGGUCAUCUGGACCUGUUUGUUCGCUUCCUUCACGGCCUCAGUCUGGAGUCCAACCAGAGAGUCUUAGGAGGCCUGCUGGGUCGGACAGAGAACAAUCCAGAGAUCCUCCAGAGAGUCAUCAACAACCUGAAGAAGAUGAAGAGUGAUGACAUUUCUCCUGACAGAAGCAUCAACAUCUUCCACUGUCUGACUGAGAUGAACGACCACUCAGUUCAUCAGCAGAUGAUACAGUUCCUGACGUCAGAGAACAAAUCAAAGGAGAAACUCUCUGAGAUUCACUGCUCAGCUCUGGCCUACAUGCUGCAGAUGUCAGAGGAGGUACUGGAUGAGCUGGACCUGAAGAAGUUCAACACAUCAUACGAGGGUCAACAGAGACUGAUCCCAGCUGUGAGGAACUGCAGGAAGGCUCUACUCGGUGGUUGUGUACUCUCAGAGACUCACUGUGAAGUCGUGGCCUCAGCUCUGAAGUCAGACCAAUCACAUCUGAGAGAACUGGAUCUGAGUCACAACAUUCUGCGGGACUCAGGAGUGAAGCUGCUGUGUUCUGGACUGGAGAGUCCAAACUGUCGACUGGAGACUCUGAGGUUGGAGAACUGCAGUCUGUCAGAGAUCAGCUGUUCUUCUCUGGCUUCAGCUCUGAGGUCAAACCCGUCUCAUCUGAGAGAACUGGAUCUGAGAGGAAACAACCUGCAGGACUCAGGAGUGAAGGAGCUGUGUGGAUUUCUACAGAGUCCAACCUGUGGACUGGAGACUCUGAGGUUGGAGGGCUGCAGACUGACAGAGAUCAGCUGUUCUUCUCUGGCUUCAGCUCUGAGUUCAAACCCCUCUCAUCUGAGAGAACUGGAUCUGAGUAACAACAACCUGCAGGACUCAGGAGUGAAGGAGCUGUGUGGUUUUCUACAGAGUCCAACCUGUCGACUGGAGACCCUGAGGUUGAUGAGCUGCAGUCUGUCAGAGAUCAGCUGUUCUUCUCUGGCUUCAGCUCUGAGGUCAAACCCCUCACAUCUGAGAGAACUGGAUCUGAGUGAAAACAACCUGCAGGACUCAGGAGUGAAGGAGCUGUGUGGUUUUCUACAGAGUUUGACCUGUCGACUGGAGACUCUGAGGUUGAGGAGCUGCAGACUGACAGAGAUCAGCUGUUCUUCUCUGGCUUCAGCUCUGAGGUCAAACCCCUCUCAUCUGAGAGAACUGGAUCUGAGACUAAACAACCUGCAGGACUCAGGAGUGAAGGAGCUGCUUGAUCUACAGCAGAGUCCAACCUGUCGACUGAAGACUCUGAGGUGGAGGUGAGUGUGAAGAGGACAGUGUGUGUGGACGGAGGCUGAGCUGUGUCCUGAGGAUCCAGAGGCUGAAGCAGCAGCAGCGUGUGUGUAGUCUCCAAUCUACACAACCACUAAUCUGCAUGUGUUUGUGAGAUGAAGCCGGAGCACCUGGAGAAAACACGGGGAGAACAUGCAGACUCCACACAGGAAGAGCCCAUCUGAACCGGAUUCAAACCAGCAACCUUCUUGCCCCGAUUGUGUUUAUUCACAUGAAGAAUGUGUUUAUUGAAAUGACACAACACAAGCAGAAUAUAUAAACCCUCUAUAAAGAGUCACAUCCAGUGUGUUUAAGUUUGUCUUUAUUAUUGUCCACCUUUGUCCCUCAGUGUGUCUCCAUGUGUGUAGAACCACAUUCUGUGUAUAUGUUUGUUUAUGAUCUUAAAGUUCCUGGAUUCACGUCACAAUUUGAUUUAGUUCAACACAAAGUUCAACACAUUGAAAUCACUUUGAGUUUAAAAUCUGAGUUUUGUCUUUGACACAAAAGAUCAAAACUCUGGACUUAAAAAUGGGACGUUUUCAUUUCUGCAUCAGGUGCAGAGCGGUGGUGGCUUUUCUACUUUUGACCCACAGGUGGCGCUGCAAUAUAACAGUAGCACAUCCCAGUCAAAGCCUUUAUAUUCAGUCUAUGAGUCAAACACAUGGAUCAUUUCCUCUGUGACAAACCAGAUGUAACGAGAAGAAAAACAUCUCAGAGAGAAAAGUUCUGUUUCUACUUGUCUCUGCUUUAAUGCUCAAUAAACAUCCUUCCACCGAC